AUGGGGAGUAAUAAAGGUGGCAUGUUUAGAUUUGCUGAUAAAAAAGACAAGUUGUUAAUGUUCUUCGGAACUUUAGGAAGUAUGGGAGAUGGUCUGCAGAUUCCUCUAAUGAUGUUUGUGCUUAGUGAUGUAAUUAAUGAUUAUGGAAACUUAAGUAAUUCAGUUUCUAUGCAUACCGUGAACAAGUAUUCUCUCAGGCUACUCUAUGUCGCAAUUGGAGUUGGACUGUCUGCUUUUGUUGAGGGACUGUGUUGGGCAAGAACUGCUGAAAGACAAACAUCUCGAAUGAGGCUAGAGUACCUAAAAUCUGUGCUGAGGCAGGAAGUUGGGUUUUUUGACACACAGGCAGCUGAGUCUUCCACUACUUAUCAGGUGAUUUCAACAGUCUCAGCUGAUUCAACUACCAUCCAAAUCACCAUAGGCGAGAAGAUACCUGAUUGCCUAGCUUACAUGUCAUCCUUCUUGUUCUGCCAUAUCUUUGCCUUUCUGCUAUCAUGGAAGAUCACGUUAGCCGCGAUACCAUUCACCUUAAUGUUCAUCAUCCCUGGACUUGGAUUCGGGACAAUGAUGAUGAAUGUGGGGAUGCAGAUGAUAGAGUCUUAUGGUGUUGCUGGAGGAAUAGCAGAACAAGCUAUCUCAUCUAUAAGAACUCUAUAUUCAUAUGUGGCUGAGAACCAAACUCUUGAAAAGUUCAGCCAAUCGUUGCAGAAAGUUAUGGAACUAGGAAUUAAACAAGGCUUUGCUAGAGGCCUGUUGCUAGGUAGCUUGGGAAUGAUUUAUAUUAGCUGGGCUUUUCAAGCAUGGCUCGGAUCGAUUUUAGUCAGCAAACACGGAGAAAAAGGAGGGGAUGUUUUUGUAGCAGGUUUCAAUGUUCUUAUGGGAGGAUUAAAUAUUCUGUCGGCUCUUCCAAAUCUUACAGCAAUCACGGAGGCAAAGUCUGCUGCAAUUCGGAUCACAGAGAUCAUUGAUCGACAGCCAGCUAUUGACACUGAAGAUAAGAAGGGGAAAGCAUUGUCAUAUGUAAGAGGAGAAAUCGUAUUCAAUGGCGUAUACUUCAGUUACCCUUCAAGGCCCGAUACGCCUAUCUUGCAAGGCCUGAAUCUUAGAAUUUCGCCUGGAAAAACUACAGGACUUGUAGGGGGUAGUGGUUCUGGGAAGUCCACCAUCAUUUCGUUGCUUCAGAGAUUCUACGAUCCCAUUGAAGGCGAUAUUUCCUUGGAUGGACACAAGAUAAAGAAACUCCAUCUAAAAUGGCUUAGAUCCCAAAUAGGUCUGGUUAAUCAAGAACCAAUUCUCUUUGCAACAACCAUAAAAGAGAACAUAUUAUUUGGCAAGGAGGGAGCAACUAUGGAAGAAGUAGAGAAGGCAACAAAAGCUGCAAAUGCUCAUGACUUUAUUGUCAAGUUACCAGAUGCAUAUGAAACUCAGGUUGGCCAAUUUGGGCUGCAGUUAUCUGGAGGACAAAAGCAACGAAUAGCCAUAGCGAGGGCUUUGAUAAGAGACCCAAAAGUCCUGUUGCUUGAUGAAGCUACAAGUGCACUGGAUUCACAAUCUGAAAGAGUUGUACAAGAGGCUCUCGAUCACGCAUCUAUGGGAAGAACUGCAAUCGUCAUAGCUCACCGUCUGUCCACCAUUAGAAUGGCGAAUAGGAUAGUGGUUCUUCAACAAGGGAGAGUAAUUGAGUCUGGAACACACGAAGAGCUUAUGCAAAUGACUGAUGGGGAAGGUGGGGAGUAUUACAAAAUGGUGCAGUUGCAACAACUAGCCACAUUAAAUGAUGUUGUCAAUACCCCGAGCCAAAAGACUGGUGGAAGAAGUAGCAACCUAAAGGGCACUAUACCACAAAGUCCACUGAACAUGAUCUCUAGUGCAGCUGCCACACCGGUUAUGUCCCCGUUCAGCCCAGCAUUUUUUUCCCGAAGUUCACCGUUCUCAGCUCCUUACUCCGUUCAGUAUGAAGAAUCCUAUGACAGUUAUGACAACCAUUUCAUAAGAGAGGUUUAUCCAACACCUUCACAAUUCCGUUUACUGAAAAUGAAUGCUCCUGAAUGGGGAAGAGCCUUGCUUGGAGGCAUAGGAGCAAUAGGUUCGGGAGCUGUUCAGCCAAUUAAUGCAUACUGCGUUGGGGCAGUUAUAUCUGUUUACUUCCGACCUGAUAAAUCCUCCAUCCAAUCCCACGCGAGAGUCUAUUCUUUUGUAUUCAUAGGUCUUGCUGUUUUCAACUUCUUCACAAAUCUUAUCCAACACUAUAAUUUUGCUGUCAUGGGAGAAAAGCUAACCAGAAGGAUAAGGGAGAAACUGCUUGCUAAACUCAUGACCUUUGAGAUCAAAUGGUUCGAUCAAGAUGAGAACACGAGUGCUGCCAUAUGUGCCCGGCUAUCAACUGAAGCCAACAUGGUUCGUUCCCUCGUAGGAGAUCGCAUGUCACUACUAGCUCAAGCGUUUUUUGCCGCUACAUUUGCUUAUACUUUAGGACUUUUCCUCACAUGGAAACUUGCCUUAGUGAUGAUGGCAGCUCAACCAUUGCUCAUUGGAAGCUUUUAUGCGAGAACUGUGCUGAUGAAGAGUAUGUCUGUAAAAGCACAGAAAGCUCAAAGGGAGGGAAGUCAACUAGCAAGUGAAGCUGUUAUUAAUCAUAGAACUAUAACUGCUUUCUCGUCUCAGAAAAGGAUAGUAGGGCUCUUUAAAGACACAUUAGAAGGUCCUAAGAAGGAAAGCAUACGACAAUCUUGGUAUGCCGGUGUAGGUUUGUGUAGCUCUCAAUUUCUAGCUGCAGCUUCUACAGCUUUAGCUUACUGGUAUGGUGGGAAACUAUUGUCGCAAGGGGAAAUAUCUCCCGAGAAACUUUUUCAAGCAUUUCUAGCACUGCUUUUCACUGCUUAUACUAUUGCUGAGGCAGGAAGCAUGACUAAAGAUAUAUCUAGGGGAAGUAAUGCUGUGGGCUCAGUCUUUGCAAUCCUCGAUAGAAACACUGAGAUUAAUCCAGAUCAUUCAUCAGGAAUAGAUGCAACAAGGACACAAAUAAGGGGACGUGUGGAGAUGAAAAGAGUAUUUUUUGCCUAUCCAUCAAGACCAGACCAGCUGAUUUUCAGAGGAUUAAGCCUCAAAAUAAGUGCAGGAACCACAGUAGCAUUAGUUGGACAAAGCGGUUGUGGAAAAUCAAGUAUAAUUGGGCUUAUUGAAAGAUUUUAUGAUCCAGAUAAAGGAUCAGUCUAUAUCGACGAAAAGGAUAUAAAAGACUACAAUUUGAGAUCACUGAGGAGAAGUAUUGCAUUAGUUAGCCAGGAACCAACUCUCUUUGCAGGAACUAUUUACGAGAACAUUGCCUACGGAAAAGAGAAUGCCAAAGAUUAUGAGAUAAGAAAGGCUGCUGUUCUUGCUAAUGCUCAUGAGUUUAUAAGUGGGAUGAAUGAUGGAUAUGAAACUCAAUGUGGACAAAGGGGAGUACAACUAUCAGGAGGUCAAAAACAAAGAAUAGCCAUUGCCCGAGCAAUACUCAAGAACCCGAAAAUCCUGCUUUUAGACGAAGCGACUAGUGCUCUUGACACUAUAUCUGAAAGCGCGGUCCAAGAAGCACUAGAGAAGAUGAUGGUUGGCAGAACGUGCAUUGUUGUGGCCCAUCGCCUAUCAACAAUACAGAAAGCAACUUCUAUUGCUGUUAUAAAGGAUGGAAUAGUUGCAGAACAAGGCUCACAUUCUGAUCUACUGUCUGUAGGAAAAAAUGGCACAUAUUAUUCACUGGUCAAAUUGCAAGGGGGAAACUCUCCUUACAGGUAAACUUAAAGAAAAUGAUAGUGUUGUCUCAUAUGAAGAAGCUUGUCUUGUGCUACAUUUACCACCAUUUUUGUAAAUUGAGAUAUGGUACUUUUCCAUUGAACAUUUAUUUAUUUCUUCAAAUAAAUGUUACUAAUUUUUUUUUCAGCUCAUAGAACAAUCACGUCUUAAUAGCAACAUAGAAUCUCCUUCCGUUUAUUUUUCUUACUUUUGACAGAAGACCUAUUGAGUAGUAGGAAAAGUUCCUCAAUGAAGUACAGCAAGAUUCAAACAAAAAAAAAUCGGAUAACUUUUAAAAGAUCCAAAACGUGGAAUAAGUAUAAAGAUUAAUGGCGAAAAGAAAUCAGAACCUUCAAAUGUAGAACGAUGAACAACGAAAUCCAUAAAGAUGGAUCAAUCAUAAAACUAAUUUAUAUUCAGAAGUGCUGUCAAGUGCUGAAUGAUGGGGUGAAAUCAACAUCAUAUUCUUCUGUUUAGGCAAUGGCAUUACAUUUUGCUCUUCAGCAUCCACUACAAAUAAAACAAUCGUACUACUUACCUAAUAAAAGUAUUAUGAUGUCCAAGAAUAAAGGUGACUAUGUUGUUUACAAAAGGAGAACAUUUAUAUUGUCCAGAAAAGCUUAUUAAUAUUCCAACUAAAAGUAUCUCAAAAGAGUGUCAUUCCACAAAAGGUGUUUUAGCUAUGAAACACAUAAAUGAAAAGGACCAAAAAAGAACGAAAGACAGAAAGUUAUUCAACAACUCACUCAUCUAGUUUCCGAACUUGCUCACGAGAAUGUCGAUAGAUUGGCUCCUUUUCCUUCCAAUCUUUUCAUCUGGGACCUUAUAGCCGCUUCCAGAAUCAGAUCUAGUGCUUUCAUCAUUUUCAGAAUUCAUGGUUGAGAAAAACGAAACAAGAGAAAAGAAAGAAGCUGAACAAAGCUUAUUUUCUAUCAAGAAACGAAUUUGUUCACUUCUUUUUUUUCUCGUGGUUCAUUUUUUGUAAUCAUGGAUUAUGAAAUGAUGGGAGCAUUGGAUUUGGUUCUGAUCAAGCAUCUACAAGAUCUCAAAUAGAACAAACAUAGGGAAAAAGAACGAACUUAUCGACAUUCUCUUAACAAAUCCGACGCCCAUAUGAGUGAAGUCGUCGAAUAAUUUUAUGCCUCUCGUGUUGGUCCUCUAGAAAUUUAUGAUUUUGAUGAUAACGGAAGGGCAAUUGAUUGCAACCUUUUGGCCAUUGAACCUAAUGAUUUAGGAUCACUAUAUAUAACAUAUAACUUAUAUAAUUAUAUUAAUAACAGAUGUACUAACAUUUAUGAUUUUUUCCUUCUUUGAAUUUGGUUGAAAUUGCUUGAAUAAGUGAUCAAAUUACAUGAAUUUCCAUAUCUUUCAUUAAUUACUAGUACACUUACCUCAUUCAAUUUUGGCUUUUCCUCUUCUAGUGUAUUUUUUUUCUUUUUCUAUUUCUAACGAUUUCACUUUUCAACUAUAAAUUAGUAUUCUUGAAUAAGUUAUGUUACUUUACUUGAGCCGAUGGUCUAUCGGAAAUAGCCUCUCUACCUUCACAAGGUAGGAGUAAGGUUUUCGCACACACCCCCCUCCCCCAGACCCCACUUGUGGGAUUACACUGGGUAUUAUGUUGUUGCUGUUCUUGAAUAAGUUAUGUCUUUCUGUUUCUUUUGUAUGAUUCAUCGAUCAAACAAUGUCUUUUUAUCUCAUUAGCAUAUAAAAUUUAUGAAAUAAGUGACCUCUUAGUAUAU